AAUUUUGGGAAGCAGGAGAAAGAGUAUUCCAAGCAGAAAGACAUAUAAUGUUACAAAGUAGAAAAAUCAACUUUGAAAAAUUAGCCAAUAUCAAAGUAACCAGAGUAAAUAAUGCAAAAUUCAACAAAAAAAAACGCUCUCAAAAGAAAGUUUCAAUAAAAAAUAUUGAUACUUUACAAAGUAACAAACCUAAAGGAAACUGCUUUAAAUGUGGAAAACCAGGACAUUUUGCUAGGGAUUGCUACUCAAACACUAAAAAGGACUCCUUUAAUAAUGUUAAUAAUUGGAAACUCAAAAAGAAAAGAUUUUGCUCACAAUGUGGAAAACCAUAUCCAAGACAUCAUCCAGGAUGUACUCGAAAUAAUGAAACACAUAUAAAUAGAAAGAAAGUAGGAAGAAGAACAGUACCAAUGGAAAUAGGAAGAUUCAAGAAAGGAAAUUUCUCAAAGAAACCUUACAACAAAGGAAAAGGAAAACCAUAUAAAGAAAAAUUCACCAAAAAGAAAUUCCGACAUUAUGAAGGAAAUAAAAAAGAAAGUGAAGAAGAAUACUAUUCAAAAUCUGAAGAAACUGACGAAUCUGAUGAUGAAGAAGUUAUAACUGCAAAUAACCUUCAUAAAACCAUUCGGAAGAAAGUUAAUUCUUUUGAAUAG